GAUACGGUCACCCUGGUAGUUGGCAAACUGCGAUGAUGUCAUAAAUCUAGAGCACUUGUGAAGAAAGAGUUCCCGGAGUUGUUUACUUACUCAUCGCGGUUUCGACUGACAUGACAUUUAACUUUCAUAAUAUCAUUGUCAAGAUGUUAUGAUGUUGAAUACCCCCUCUUACGAACAAUACCGGAGCCCCACGCAUAUGAUAAGUGUUCAAAUAUAACGAGAGAGUGGUGCGCAGCGCACGAUACCUACGUAUUAACUUUUCUCCCAUUCACGGUAAAAGUGGUUUGUGAUCCGACGCCGAUCGCACACUCGUCUUUGGACAGAAGAGAGAUCUGCUUAUCGGAAUAAAUUAUAGAUAAUGAUGUUGGUGUUUUUGGCGGUGACCGUAGCUAUCGUAAAUGGCGUGCACGCGUCGAACUCUACUGCUUCCGAUGACACGUGCGAUUUCGAGAGCCCCGGCCCGUGGAGCGCUCUGCUCGAGGAGUGGGCCACCUCCGCCGGAGAACGCCCGGGCAGGCAAGGUAGAAUAAUGGCGCUUCCUCCAUCGUCGGGCUACUACAUAACGGACCGCAUCGACACGCCGCUAGUGCCGCCGCCCGCGCCGCGUCCUGCGGGCUCCCGGCCCUACGAAGAGUGGGCUGCCACGCCGCCACCGCCGCCCGGCCCCGGGAAGAUAGUCAAUAGGCCCCCUAAUCCCUAUAAGGAUAAGUUCAAACCCAGCUACGAGUAUACACCUCUACAACAUAACAAACCAAUUCCGGCUUAUCCACAACAACCACAUCGACCAAAUUCCAUAGAUAGGUUAGACGAUCCUCCAAGAAAGCAGGUCACAGAGACCGACUUGUACUUACUCUCGGCCAUCGAAAAAUUGGUGUACAGAGCUGAUCUAAUGGAAAAGAGGUUGAGAAAAUUAGAGGAGUCGAUGCAUGUAUUGGUAGCAGCCGGUUCUAGUCAUCACCCAGAACCCUGUGUGGCGAAUUUCACCCGAGUUGGCGAAACAUGCUACCACUUGUCGGCGGCGGCGGCGGACUGGAAGACGGCCAACUUGGCGUGCCGCAAAUUGCGCUCCAACCUGCUGGAGCUGGAGGCUGAGUCCGAACGCCGGCAGCUGUUCGCGCACUUGCUCAGCGAUAACAAAAUAAAAGCACUGGACUGGUGGACCGGCGGGCUCAAUCCUGGCCUGCUCUGGAUCUGGUCCAACUCUGCGCGGCCCGUGGCGGGCGGCGCGGGCGGCAACGUGACCGUCGUCGGCGACGGGCGCUGCCUCGCGCUCAUCCACGACCUCGCGACGCGCGCCUACGUCUACAGGGGCCAGGACUGCGGACUCAGACAUAGAUACGUCUGCGAGAAAGGAGAGGACAAGGCUAAACUUAGUAACGAGAUUGAAGCUGUUUCGAAAAACAAACAUACCCAGGAAACCACUUUAAUCACGACUGAAACCCCCAGCAAGCUCUCGACACAGUCCUAAUUUAUUUAAUCAAAGAUUUCACCUGCGGUAAGGGUUAUGCUAAUUAUAAACGUAAAAAUAAGACUGAAUUAUCAUAAAUGUUACGACGAAUAGAGGAAUAAUUUAUAUUUUGUAAAUAAAACAAAUUGUUUAUCAUAA